AUGUCUGCCACCACAGCUCCAGAGACGACUGCAGAGGGCAAGAAUGUCUCGCACGCAAUCGACAUUGAGCAGCAAGGACCAUCUACAUCAACAGCAAUAGCUCCCAAGUCGCUCGGGGCAGGGUCCGCCUUAGCCCUGGGCGCAUUCGGGACUACUCUGACCACCUUAUCUCUAAGUCUGAUGGAAUGGCGCGGCGUGACCAUCACCAACGUCUACGUGGGAAAUUUCUUCUUCAUCGCCGCGUUCGGACUGGUCGUCACGGCGCAGUGGGAAUUGGCCGUGGGAAACGGCUUCGCGUACACGGUGUUCAGUGCAUUCGGCCUCUUCUACGCCGGCUACGGCGCCAUCCUCACCCCCGCCUUCGGGGUAGCCCAAGCCUAUGGCGACGACACCGCACAAUACAACAACGCGCUGGGGUUCUUCAUGAUCCUUUGGACGGUAUUUGUAUUCACCUUCCUCAUCGCGUCGCUGCCCAGUAAUCUCGCAUACAUUGCCGUGUUCUUCCUGGUGGAUCUGGGGUUUCUGACCGUGGCGGCGAGUUACUUUGCCGAGGCGGAUGGACAUCACGCGUCGUCGGUGGCGCUGCAAAAGUCCGGGGGCGUGUGUUGUUUCGUGGCGGGAUUGAUUGGAUGGUAUAUUGUGUUGCAUUUGUUGUUGAAGGAGAGUAUUGUCGAGUUGCCGUUGGGGGAUACCUCGCGGUAUUUUGCGAAGACGCGGAAGAAUAGCCGAGCAGAGUAG